CUCCAUCACACCCAUCACCUUUCCCUCAUCCAUCCACUUCCUCCCAUUCUUCAUCUGUACCCUCUCCCAUCAAGCUUUUAAUCGUUCGUCGUCACCAUGAAGACGUCUAUCCUGCUCGCAGCGGCGGCGCUCGCCGCCUCGUCCGAGGCAGGCGUGCACAAGAUGAAGCUCAAGAAGAUCCCACUCUCUGAGCAGCUCACACACGCCAGCAUCCAGGAGCAGGCGAAGGCUCUGGGCCAGAAGUACAUGGGCGUCAAGACCGCGUCUCACAUGGAGCAAGUAUUCAAGGCUCCUUACGUUGCCGAUGGAACGCACCCAGUGCCCAUCACCAACUUCCUGAACGCUCAGUACUUCUCUGAGGUUUCCAUCGGAACUCCUCCUCAGACCUUCAAGGUCAUCCUCGACACUGGCAGCUCCAACCUUUGGGUGCCCUCGUCUGAGUGCAGCUCCAUUGCGUGCUACCUUCACACCAAGUUCGACUCGUCAUCGUCGUCGACAUUCAAGAAGAACGGCUCUUCGUUCGAGAUCCGCUACGGAUCUGGCUCGCUCAGCGGGUUCGUUUCCAACGAUGUUUUCCAGAUUGGUGACCUUAAGGUGAAGAACCAGGACUUCGCCGAGGCCACCUCCGAGCCCGGUCUUGCAUUUGCCUUUGGCCGAUUUGACGGUAUCAUGGGUUUGGGCUACGACACCAUCAGCGUGAACAAGAUCGUACCACCUUUCUACAACAUGCUCGAGCAGGGUCUCCUUGACGAGCCCGUCUUUGCCUUUUACCUCGGCGACACCAACGCGCAGCAGGAGUCUGAGGUGACAUUCGGUGGUAUCGACGAGAGCCACUACACCGGCAAGCUCGUCAAGCUUCCUUUGAGGCGCAAGGCCUACUGGGAGGUUGACCUCGAUGCCAUCACAUUCGGCAAGGAGACUGCCGAGAUGGACAACACUGGUGUCAUACUUGACACCGGUACAUCCCUCAUCGCCCUCCCCUCCACCAUCGCUGAGCUUCUGAACAAGGAGAUUGGUGCUAAGAAGUCCUUCAACGGGCAGUUCACGGUUGAGUGCGACAAGCGCGACAGCCUGCCUGACUUGACCUUCACACUCACUGGCCACAACUUCACAAUCACCUCAUACGAUUACAUCCUUGAGGUACAAGGGUCCUGCAUCUCUGCCUUCAUGGGUAUGGACUUCCCCGAGCCCGUAGGUCCCCUGGCUAUUCUUGGUGAUGCUUUCCUCAGGAAGUGGUACUCUGUUUACGAUCUUGGCAACUCGGCCGUCGGCCUUGCAAAGUCCACGUAAAUUGUAUGGAGACUGAAGGUGUUAUGAUUGUAAUUUCGUCUGGCUCAAAUUGUAAUUGAGACUUAAUGGAUGGCGCAUGGGUUUGUUAAGUACAGGAAACACCUGUGUACAGUAGCGAAUUGAUACAUUUAUCGUACCUUGCUGUUCUUCGUGCAACCGCAUUCGACGUUCUUGUUGACCGGUAAAACACGCUAAAUCGUUAGCUGUAUCGAUAGGGUGUCAGCACGCGUGUGACGUAUCAAAUGCUUGGCGAGUAUCGUCGAUGGUCCACAUGUCAGGC